AUGGCCUCAAAGUACCCCCAACGCAAAAUCGGCGACGACAACGUCUCCGCCCAAGGCCUAGGAUGCAUGGGCAUGUCCUUCUCUUAUACUAGUUUCGGCGGUUUCGACAAUGAGCAGUCGUACAAAGUCCUCACCAAAGCCGCGGAUCUAGGCGUUUCGCUUUGGGACACAUCGGACGUCUACGGCCCACACACCAACGAGCAGCUCAUCGGGAAGUGGUUCAAGGAGACCGGGCGUCGAAAGGAGAUCUUCCUCUGCAGCAAAUUCGGCAAUCUGAGAGUCAACGGACAGCCGGCCGUGAGAGGCGACAAGGAGUAUGUGCGUGAAGCGUGUCUGGCCAGUCUGGAACGGUUGAAUACGGAUGUUAUUGAUCUGUACUAUCAACACCGUGUGGAUGACAAGGUUCCGAUCGAGGAGACGGUGCAGGCGAUGGCGGAGCUGAAGAAGGAAGGGAAGAUCAGGUACCUAGGCUUAUCAGAGUGUUCGGCAGACUCACUUCGGAGAGCGCAUGCGGUGCAUCCCAUUGCUGCUGCGCAGAUGGAGUACUCGCCCUUCGCGCUGGAGAUUGAGUCUGAGCAGACGAAGUUCCUGAAGACGGCGAGGGAGCUUGGAGUUAAGGUUAUCGCGUACUCGCCGCUCGGUCGUGGGUUCUUGACCAAUUCGAUCAAGAACCGCUCCGACUUGGACGCAGGCGACAAUCGACUCAACCACCCGCGGUUCUCUGAGGAGCACUUUGGUGAGAAUUUGAAGCUCGUGCAGAUUUUGGCGGAUAUUGCUUCGAAGAAGGGAUGUACAGCUGGACAGCUUUCCAUUGCUUGGGUGAUGGCGCAAGGGGACGACUUCAUUCCUAUCCCAGGCACAAAGCGUGAGAAGUACCUCGAAGAGAACGCGGGCGCCGCCGACGUAAAGCUCAGCAAGGACGAAGAGGCAGAGAUCCGCAAGGCGAUCGAGAGCACAGGCGGAUCGAAGGGCGAGAGGUACCCGGCUGCCAUGAUGUCCAGGCUUUUCGGCGACAGCCCACCGUUGAAGAAGUGA